AUAAGGAAGUUAGUGAGACAAUCUUGCGGAUUAGCUUUGGUCAGUGAAGGAAGUUUUAAAAGAAGAAAAAAAUGUGGAAAGCAAGUGCAGGUCACAACAUAAAAUCAUCAACCUCGGAUGAUAAGGACGAUUGGGAUACGGAUCCAAACUUUGUUAAUGAUGUUUCUGAAAAAGAGCAAAGAUGGGGUGCCAAAACAGUUGAAGGUUCUGGUCACGUGGGGUCCAUAAGCCUAGGAAAGUUGAGAGAGGACGUAGCAAGUGAAGAUUCCAGUGUGAAGAAGAAGCAAUAUGAAUCAGGCCCCAAAGCGUCGUACGGUUAUGGAGGAGCAUUUGGUGUUGAAAAGGACAAGAAAGAUCAAGCUGCCGUGGACUUCGGCUACAAAGCUCCCCUCUCACAGCAUGCCAGCCAGGUGGAUGCAGCAAAGGGGUUUGGAGGUAAGUAUGGAGUGCAGACAGAUAGGAAGGAUUCGUCGGCUCUCGGCUGGGACUACAAGGAAAGUCUCGAGAAGCAUGAGUCACAGAAAGAUUAUGCAAAAGGAUUUGGAGGGAAGUACGGAGUGCAGACAGACAGGAAAGACAAAUGUGCCAAGGAUUGGUCUGAGAAGAGUGAACUUGGCAAGCACUCCUCGCAAACUGAUUACAGCAAGGGCUUCGGUGGCAAGUAUGGGCUGGAGAAGGACAAGGUAGAUGAGUGUGCAAAAGGGUGGGAUGAGAAAGCAAGUGUGGAACCUCAUCCAUCCCAGGUGGAUCAUAAGAAGGGAUUUGGCGGGAAGUUCGGAGUUGAUAAGGAGAACAUGGACAAGAGUGCGAAGGGUUUCAAUGAGAAUGAGGGGGCUGUGGUGGGAACCAACUACACGAAAACCAAACCGGAAGUGAAAAGUUCCGACGGUGCUAAAAAUCUAGCAGCCAAGUUUGAACAGUGGUCGAAGCCAACCAGUGAAGUGAAACCGAUGCCGAAAUCUGCGAACGUUGCGAAGAAAACACCCAGCAUCCCUGCCCCCGCACCUGUCCCCUCCCACGAGGCACCAUCAAAACCACCUCCCACUACCACCACCACCACAACACCAACAGUGCAGGAGGAACGUCACCCUCCUCCAUCUCCACAAUCGAACGCUGCAGUUGAACCGAAGUACGAGCAGAAGGUGGCACAAGAGGAAACCUACGACGACGUGACUUCCGACUACGUGACCCAGCGGGAUUACGACGAAUUCGAAGCUGAGGACGACAGCCAACCACAGAGCAGCCAACAAAACCAAGAUGAGUGGGGCGAUGAAGAUGUCCAGCAAGCGACAGGGACGGGGGAGGUCAGGGCCGUUGCCUUAUAUGACUACCAAGCAGCUGACGAUGACGAAAUAACUUUCGAUCCGGAUGAGAUCAUUGAAAACAUCACAUUCAUUGACGAAGGCUGGUGGAGAGGUACUUGCCGCGACAGGACUGGCCUUUUCCCAUCCAACUACGUCAAACUCAUCCAAUAAUAACCACCAUAAUAAUAAUAAUAAUAAUCAUCAUCAUCACUUUAAUCCUAAUCCUACUCGCUAGCACACUGGCAAUUCUAUCAUCACCAUCACAACCCUUACAUUCCUAUCAUCUUCAUUUCUUCAGCGCUAUCAGUCAUCCCGGAAACUCAAUCAGUCAUUCUUCCAUUUGUGUUGAAAAUUGCGGCGUUUUAUUGAGAUGCUUAAUAUAUAAUACAUGUAAUGAUGCUUCAUAUUUAUAUAUAUAUAUAUGUGUGUGUGUGUAUAUAUAUAUAUAUAUAUAUAUGUAUGUAUAAUAUAUAUAUGCAUUUAUAUCAUGUCUGAAAUGAUACUAUUGUCCAUUGAUGCUCAUAUAUUUUAUCAUGGAACGUCUAACUUUUAAAUAGAUUUUAUUCAUUUGAAUAUGAUCAUGUUCGUUCACAACAUUUAAGAACACUUCGUUCACCCGAUGAACAUGUUUAUUUAUUUUGUUGCGUUUGUAAACCAUGUUCUUGGCAUUCAAGAACAUUUUGGAAACAUUUGGUUCAUUCGAUCGUCACGUUAUAUUUUUCUAAUCAUGAUCCGAGGCUUUCUAUUUAUUCUUAUAAAAACCGAUCAAACGUU